AUAUAUGAAUUGAUCACGAAUGUAAUGUGUGUGAAAACCUUUCUCUUAUAACAAAUGACAUUUGUCGUGUGAAUAACAAAGAAGGUAGUGUUGUGAAAAGUGUGAGAAAAAUGGUUUUACGAAGUUCUUUAAAAUUGUCCGCAGCUUUAAAAUCCUUAAAUCCCAAACAUGUAUCAAAAAAUUUGUUGAUCUCGGAAAUAAAUGCACCUAAAGUAUCAGAAAAAUCUUUAGUCAAUAAAACUGAAAAUAUUCAUUUAUCACAAGCGUUCUACAAUGGAAAGGAAAUUGAUAAAGACAAACUUUUACAAGAUAUGCUUGUUUAUGAAGAUUUUCUUACCGAAUCCGAAGAAAAAACUUUACUUGAUGAGAUUGAACCAUAUUUAAAGAGACUUAGAUACGAAUUUGAUCAUUGGGAUGAUGCAAUACAUGGAUAUAGAGAAACUGAAAGAUUACAUUGGAAUGAGGACAAUUCUAAAACAUUAAAGAAAGUUCGUGAUAUCGCUUUUCCACCUGACAUAGCACAGUUAGCACACGUACAUGUCUUAGAUUUAGCACCUAAAGGAUUUAUUAAACCUCACAUUGAUGCUGUUCGAUUUUGUGGAACGACCAUUGCCGGACUUAGUCUUUUAUCAGAUAGUGUAAUGCGAUUGGUCCACGAUAAAAAGAAAUUAUAUACAGCAGAUGUGUUACUUAAACGAAGAUCUUUAUACAUUAUGAGAAAUUCAGCUCGUUUCGAUUACACACAUGAAAUUUUAAAUGAAAAAGAAUCUGUAUUCAAUAAAAAGGAAGUGCCACGUGACAGAAGAGUAUCAAUCAUAUGCAGAAAUGAACCAUUACCAGAAUUUCGUGAUUGAUAUGGCAAUAACUAAACGCAAUAAAAAUCAUCGUAUUUAAACGUUUCGACAAAUUUUACAUCAUAUUGUGAUAUAUUUUCUUAAUUUUAUUAUAGUUUUUUUUAACUUAA